AUGGCAGAUAUUUUUGAGUUGCAGCAAGUGGCAUUCAUUGCAGCAGAUAAUGGGAAACACUUAGUUACUUGCAGCUCUCUUUUUGUCCAUUUAACAAUGAAUCUGUCUCCACUUGCGUCUAAACUUCCUUCAUGCUACCUGCCAUUUUUGAAGAUUUUGGAAAAGCUCGGGGUUGAGGACAUGCUAUUGAUUUCUUCUGCAAUGAAUAUUCUUUCAAGUCUUCAAAAGGCUGGUCAUGAUUAUCGUCUUAAUCCAAAUGAACUCCAUGCAGUGAUUGAACUGCUACAUUUUCUUUGUAAUGAAAACACAAAACAGCAGAUAUCAGAGAAAUGCAACCGGGAACUGAAGUUGGUUGUCCCUGACACUGGUUGCAGACUCGUUUAUCAUGAUACAUGUGUAUAUGUUGACCCCUAUGGCUCUCGGUAUGUGAAGUUUAUUGAAUCAUCAAAACUGAGGUUUGUUCACCAUUCCGUUUCAGAGAGAUUGUGUUUGGCAUUUGGUAUACGAAAGCUUUCUGAUGUUGUUGUGGAGGAGCUUGAUCAGGCUGAACACCUUCAGACUCUUGAUGUUAUCGGGUCCACUUCAUUGGCUGCUGUCAAAAUGAAGUUGUUGAAUAGGUCAUUUCAGGUUGCUGUAUCAAGUGUUCUCAAAAGUAUCCCCAUCAGUACUAGUGGGUUUAAAACUCCCGAUUUUCUGGCACUACAAAGAUCACUUGAAUCUGUUGCACAAAGAUUAAAGUUUGUGCGCUGCAUCAACAUCCGAUAUUGGCUUCUUCCAGAGCCUCUGGACAUCACUCUUGCAUCGAAGGAGUCCCUUAUCCCGGAAUGGAAAACAGGGCGCAGUCAACAAGCAUUCUACUAUGUUGACCGUUCAAAGACUUGUAUACUAAUUGCUAAACCACCAAGUUAUGUGUCAGUUCCUGAUCUUGUUGCACUUGUUGUGAGCCAGGUUUUAGGUUCCCCAGUACCACUUCCCAUUGGUUCACUAUUUCUCUGUCCACGAGGCUCUGAUACUGUACUUCUUGAUAUUCUUAAACUUUCCUCUGAUGAAAGAGUGAUGGAUGGUGUCGGUUAUGGUUCUGGUUUUCUUGGCAGGGAUAUACUUCUCAGAGAUGCCAAGAAAAAGCAGAUUUAUCCUCAAAGUCCAUACUACCAAGGAGAAAUAGUGGCCUGGCAAAGCCAAAGUGGAGAGAAGUUGAAGUAUGGUAGAAUUUCCGAGGAUGUUAGACCUUUGGCAGGGCAAGCAUUGUAUAGUAUCAAUGUUGAAACUUUCCCAGGGAAGACCGAAACUAUUAUGUCUUCACAUGUUUUUCCCUUUCAAACUUUCUCAGUUGGCAAAGACUAUCCUACUUAUGUGAGGCCCGGAGAUAGUAUGCAUGUUGAGCAUCGAGUCGAGUCUCAAAGAGUAGCAUCUAAAAAUCAGAAACAUACAAUUAAAGGCUUUGAGCAUGGUGGUGUACCAGCUGAGGAAUUUGUUCAAGCAUUUAAAGAGAUGCUCUCUGGUGGUCGAAUCAAUAUGGACCCAAAGAGGCAAUGCCUCCUCCAAACAGUUCUGUCUCUGCAAGAACAAUUGAAAACAUCUCAGGCCGCACUUGUGCUCGAGCAGGAAAAGUCAGAGUUUUCGACAAAGGAAGCUGACUCGGCUAAAGUAGCAUUGCUAUGCCUUAUCUGUUUGACAAAUGAAAUAGGUAUUACCAUGGUUCCAUGUGGUCAUUUGCUAUGUCAUUCAUGCUCAUCUGCUGUCUCCUCCUGUCCAAUCUGUGGAGUUCAACUUUCUACAACAAUGAAAAUUUAUCUGCCUUGAUGAUAAUAAGUGCUCAAAGAUGUUUCUUACCCUAUCGAUUCUGGUCAAACGCAAAGCUCUUCAAAUAUAUGUAUACGCAAUGACUAGAUUUACCUUUAGCUUCUCUUUUUAUUAUAAAGUUUGAUUUAGACAUUAGGGAAAACCAGAAUAGGGAUUAUUACAGUAGCUAUAAAGAUUUAAGUUGGUGUUUGGAGUGCUUUGUAAGCAUUUGAGGAUUGUAUUAUAGUUUCGGUAUGCUAAUUUUUAAUAAAAGUCAU